AUGCAAGGUUUCUGCCUUGUAUCUGAGCAACCCUACGGAAGCCAGAAUGGCUCUUACGAAUGGGAGGAUAUGACCAAGUUCGAGACAUUUGAUAAAGUGCAUUUCUCACCCGACACUUAUAGGUUCAGCGACCAUAUGCCCAGCCGAAAUUGGUUCCGGGGUGUUGGCGGGGCGAUUCUCCUAUACUUUUCUCCGAGACUUCUGACCUAUUUCCUCAACCUGGAAGGAAUCUGCGAAGAAUAUGGAGAGAUGGCUCUACUGGACCCCAUGGCUUUGACCCGGCAGAGAGCUCAGUACAUGGACUUCCGAAGCAAACCCCUCAGUGAGGGAGAGUUGUGA